AUGGAUGCCUAUCUUUGGGAGCGUAUUCAUUGUCGUAAUCAGUCGUCUUCUACUGAAGGUGGGACGUAUGCCAACCCUUUAGCAUUGAAGCGCUCUCCGGUAUGUGAGGUGGAUGGCACACAUCCACUUGAUCGCCUCAGCUCGGCCACGAUAGAGUCGUUGAUGAGGAACGGCUGGGCUGUACAGGAUGGAUUUAUAUCUAUGAAGGAGGUUGGUAAGAUUCGUAAGGAGAUCGAGUUGUUGGAGUUCGAGGGUCAUUUUGACACUGUAUAUGGGCAGAAUAUGGUUGCUCUUCGAAACGAUAAGAUAUGUUUCCCAAAAUAUAGAGAGUUGGACGUGGAGACCUACGAGUGGCUGCGAUGGUUAAUCAGUGAGAGACUGCAAGACCUGCCUUUUGAGCUCAAUGCGAAGUUAUCGGGAGAGCACAAGACGCUUUUACAGAUUUAUACGCAGGUUCAAGUUGGUAUCUAUCCAUCGAACAAGGGCUUCUAUAAGAGGCAUAUGGAUGGUGGGUAUGGAGAUAAGGAUGUUGGCAGGACCUUUACUGCUGUUGUAUUUAUGAACUCUGAAGGGGACUAUGUGGAUGGGGGAGGGGACGGUGGAGAGCUCGCUCUGUAUAGAGAAGGACCUAGUGAUUCAGCCGAAGAUGUAAGGAUAUCUCCAAUGGGAGGUAGACUGGUGAUCUACAAGGCUAGGGAUGUGCCGCACGAGAUACUGCCGACUUGUUGUUCUUCGGGAGGAAGACGAAUAGCUGUUACUGCCUUCUUGACGGGACCGCAGAUGAGUGAUAAGUGA